AUGGGCAAGCUCUUGGUGUUAAUGUUAGUUGGGAUGUUCUUGGCUUUUGAAAGCUUGGAAGCUCUUGACUAUGGAGAUGCACUAAACAAGUCAAUCUUGUUCUUUGAAGGCCAAAGAUCCGGUAAACUCCCGACUAACCAACGGGUUAAAUGGCGUGCUGAUUCUGCCCUCUCUGACGGUGCAUCAGCUAAUGUGAAUUUGAUUGGAGGAUAUUACGAUGCUGGUGACAAUGUAAAAUUUGUGUGGCCAAUGUCAUUUACCACAACCUUAUUGAGUUGGGCUGCAAUUGAAUACCAAAAUGAGAUUACUUCCGUAAACCAGCUUGGUUAUCUCCGGUCUACUAUCAAAUGGGCAACCAAUUUUAUCCUCCGCGCUCAUACUUCGCCCAACAUGCUAUAUACUCAGGUGGGAGAUGGAAAUUCAGAUCAUAGUUGUUGGGAGAGGCCAGAAGAUAUGGACACACCUAGAACUCUCUACAGUAUCUCUUCCUCUUCCCCCGGUUCCGAAGCCGCGGGUGAAGCCGCAGCCGCUCUUGCCGCGGCCUCACUUGUUUUCAAACCGGUCGAUUCUACUUAUUCAUCCAAGUUACUCAACCAUGCUAAAUCCCUAUUCGAAUUUGCGGAUAAGUACAGAGGUUCUUACCAAGCAUCUUGCCCCUUCUACUGCUCACACUCAGGCUAUCAGGAUGAACUUUUGUGGGCUGCGGCUUGGUUAUACAAAGCAACAGGGGAAAAGAGUUACUUAAAUUAUGUUAUAAGCAAUAAAGAUUGGAGCCAAGCCGUGAAUGAAUUUAGCUGGGACAACAAAUUCGCCGGUGUUCAAGCUUUACUCGCAUCGGAGUUUUACAACGGGGCAAAUGACUUGGAAAAAUUUAAGACCGAUGUUGAAUCAUUCGUCUGUGCAUUGAUGCCAGGAAGUAGCUCUCAACAAAUUAAGCCAACUCCUGGUAAUGUUCACCGGUUACUUGGUUUUGAGUUUUUUUCCCCUUUGGUGUUGGUUUUAUGGUAUCAUUUAUUUGUACUUUUUGUUUAUUCAGGUGGCAUUUUGUUUAUUAGAGACAGUAGCAACUUACAAUAUGUAACAACGGCUACAACUGUUUUGUUCCAUUACUCAAAAACUCUUACCAAAGCCCGGGUUGGUUCAAUCCAAUGCGGUUCGACCCAGUUCACCGCAUCUCAAAUUCGAAAUUUCGCCAAAUCACAGGUAAACAAAAUUAAAUUAUCCCCACCUAGUCCGGUUCUGUACACCAUUUCCAUGUUCUUAACCAACCGGUUUAAUAUUCAGGUUGAUUACAUUCUUGGAAAUAAUCCAUUGAAAAUGUCUUACAUGGUUGGAUUUGGAACAAAGUACCCAACUCAACCUCAUCAUAGAGGCUCGUCAUUACCGUCAAUCCAAUCUAAACCGGAGAAAAUCGACUGCAAUGGAGGAUAUUCAUACUACAAUUCUGAUACACCGAACCCGAAUGUCCAUACCGGUGCAAUCGUUGGCGGACCGAAUUCAUCCGACCAGUAUAGCGACAAAAGAACAGAUUAUUCUCAUGCAGAGCCCACAACUUACAUCAACGCCGCCUUUAUUGGGCCCGUCGCUGCUCUCAUCAGUUCUUCCCGACAAACCCACGUUUAGAUUUGGUUGUGGGGAAACAAAUAUUAGCAAGGAAGAAUGACUAUUCAUCAACAACUAUCAAGACUAUGAAUUUGAAUAAAUAAUCAGGGGAUGCAUCAUUUGCUUUAAAUACAUUUAUCUAUGUACACACUCACAUAUAAUUGAAUCGUAUAGCUUAGCUAAAUGAAAACGAUUUAAUUUCAAC